AUGGAACAGAACGUAUCCACGCCCCACACACAACUUAAUUCAUCAACAAUCAAUGAAUCAUUUGACAAUGAUCAAUCCGAUCACCACAAUAUAACAGAACGAAGACACCACGCUGAUAUUAUUACACAACAAACAUCACCAAUGGGAUACACUCCACAAACAACACAUACAAUUGUUAUUCCACCAUCAGCAGCGCUACCAACAUUUAAUGGAAAUCUUUCGGAAAAUCCUCGUCAAUUCCUUAUUCGAGUUAAGGAAUAUGCAGAAACAAUAAAUCAUUGGAAUGAUCAAGCAUUACUCAAUGGUAUCUCUCAAUUUCUUCGGGAAACUGCCCUGGAAUGGUACUGCCAAUUACGUACCUCAAAUCGACGACCACAAACGUGGACAGAAUUUAUAGGAAUUUUUCUUAAUCAAUUUAAUUCACCGAUGAGACGAGCACGACAAGAACAACAAUGGAAAAAUUGUAAGCAAGAAGAAAAUGAAACAAUUAACGAAUUUAUCGUUCGACUUCGUGCCCUCUGGCAAGAACAAAAGCCAAAUGAAAAUGAAGAUGAUCUCAUACGACACUUAAUGUGCAAGAUGAGAAAUAAUAUAUUAACAAUGAUUGGAAUAUCUCGAUGUGGAUCAUUAGAUGAAAUCAUUAUAGAAGCACAAAAAAUUGAAGAAAUUCUCUAUCAAAGAAAUAAACAAGUAUAUAGAAAUUCUAACCAAGAUAGAAUACAAAACAACACAUCAACAUACAACAACGAGGAGCCAUACGAAAUUCAAGCAGCGUCGGCAUAUCAAAAGAACCGACAAAUGAAAACAUACGCGACAGGAAAUUAUACAAAUAAAUAUUAUGGCAACGAUCAUCAAUCAUCUCAAUGGGGAAAUUACUCAUCCUACCCAACGACAAAUCGACGAGAUACAUACUCGACAUAUGAAACGAAAUGUUAUGCCUGUGGAAAGAAAGGCCACAAUAGAAACAACUGCCCACAGCAAUAUAAUACUUAUUCGCAACAACAACCAGGGUACUAUCCAAAAAACGACAAUGGAGCGCAAGAUGGACGGGACCAUGGCGCUCCAAACUAA